CUCAGUUUCCAACGCGCACCUUCACGAAACGGUUGUAUAGAAUCUUAUACUUGUAUGUCUUAAAAUAAUUAAAAUGUGUCAAUAAUAAUUUUAAAUGUCAAGGAAAUAUGAAAACUUGCGCACUUAAUAAACCGAGUUGUAUUUUUCGUGAAAUUAUUCGUUUCCGCUGAAUCUGAGUCGAAACUAAAACUAAAAACUAAAAGAUACUGGCCACACAGGACUUAAGUUUACAUUUCACCGCUGCCACAACAGUUUCUUAAGAGACGCAGAGUAGUUCGGAGUCCCAAUUAGCAUAUUUCACAAAAAUGAAAAAGAAAAGCAGCAAAUCUACCGAAGUUCUCCUGGAUAAUUGUGAAAAUGUACACAUUGACGAUUCAGGCACAAUGUUACCCAGCGAGAUCUCCGCAGCCACGAAUCUCCUUGACAACAAUAACACAACCGCCAUUAAAACGCAAAGUCCAGACACAAGGCUCGACAUUGAACUUCCGCUUUCAGGCGAGAGAGCGAAUAAAACACUCGCUGAUAUAGCAAAUGAACCAUCGAUUUUCCGCCAUCCACCGCCGCCUUGGUAUCGCAAUUGGACAACCGCUGGCAUCGUGCUUUGUGUGAUCUAUAAUUUGACCAUAGUUCUACUCCUAGUUAUGGGAUUCUUCAAGUUCCGCCAAAGCUGAAGCGGAAUAAAUUGUCUAAUUUAAAAUCACAUUCCAUAAAUUUUUUCCAAUGUAACGAAAACUUUAAUUUUACAUCAUAUCCAUAUAGUAUUAUAAGGCCAUAUUAAACGAUUAAAUAUAUACACAUACAUAUAUACACUUA